AUGUCGCAAUCAACACCCACCGCAGCGCCCAAACGCAAGGUUAUGGGCCGCAUGGACGCUGCUUCGUCCGAUUCUCCUUCGAAUUCCAUCACCCCGAAUGCGCGUCCACGCAUCGUCAGAUCACAGCACGCUUACUCCUCGCCGUCUCUAUCGAACAAUGUCACCCCGACAGCCACCCGGCCAGCUCCCGGCACCGGUCGUGCACGCGUCGAUAUGUCUGCCUUUGCCAGCCCCUCAUCUGUUGCAUCCAGCCCUGCCAUGUCUCCUUCUGCAUCCGGACGACCCACGUCUGCCUCUUCUGCUGGCUCGAGUACCAUCUCAGCAAGGCUGUCGGCCGCCUCGCCAAGCGUCCGCUCCACACCGACUUUUCACGGCAGGUCAGGCUCCACCGUCGGAGUUGGCGCCAGCGUUUCAUCUUACCGCCUCAAUGAAGCUAGAAUUGAUGUCUCCAGCGACUUCAACCUUGGAUCGAUACGCUCGCCACAGAUGCGAGCUCGCAACGGCAGCGUCGACCUAAGCGGCGGCGGAUCGCCGGCUGUGGCCUCACCGAGCACACGAGUCUCGGCGGCAAGCUCGCAGCUUUCGUCGUCCAUGUCUGUCAGGUCGCCAGUACCACGCCCAGAUCAAUCGCCGUUUCAGAAGCCAUCCACACCGUCCGCAUCCGUCCGACCAGCGCCUUCAAUGUCGGCUCGUAAUCUACUGUCGCCGCAGCGAUCGCAAGACAAGCUCGAACCCGCCGCCAGAAUAUCCGUCAACAGACCAUCUUCACCCAACAAACCGCCGACAUCGCCUGCACCAUCGUCGACCACCUUUGCGCAGCCGACGAGCCCAGCCAAGCCACACAAUUACGCUCGCAGUUCCGAUCCCAUCGUGCCCGGUCGUCAAACGUCCAUGACGUCCGCAGGGUCCAUGGCAGUCCCGAACGGAGACGUGACGCGCAGCCACGGUCUUACAAACGGAGCUGCGUUGCCCGCUGAUGAGCAAGCGCUGUAUGCCAUUUCACCGACGGACUCAUGGCCAUCUGCGGCUGCAGGUAGUGUCAACCGCAUGGAGCCAGGCUCAGCGAUGACUACCGGUCGCGCAGGCUUACGACCCGCACCGCCAUUACAACGAGCCUCGAUGCCGUCUAGCUUCAUGGACCUCGCCUCCGUUUCUGCCACAGGUACAUCAUCACGUCCUGACCUGAACCAGCGUGCUUCCUUUGCGUCCAGUACCUUUUCCACCCACUCCAGUGUCAGUCAACCACUUUCACCGUCAUCCGAGACACCCCGUUCGCCGAGCGAGACGGGCGAAGCGGAAGAAGCACGCAUCCACCGCAAAUUGCUCGACCUCGAAAUCACCAACAAGUCUCUGCUGGCGAUCAACUCGGCGUUGGAAGUGACCAAGUUGAAACAGGCAAAAGAGAUUCGCGAGUUGAAGAGGCGGUUGAGGGAUGGAAGGGGUUUACCCGGCACCGGGGGUGGAGCGGCACGCGAAUCGAACGGUAGUGUCGGUCUGAGCGAGGAGGAUUUCAGCGAGAGCGAAGAUGAAGAUCUGAUCGGCGUGAGGGAGGAUCCCGAGUUGGAGGCUGCCCAUCAGAGGUGCAAGUCGCUCAUCGAUGCAAUGGUCGAGAGAGCGAGGAAUGCCAUCUUGGCAGAGUACGAGGAAGAGAAAGGUUCGGGCCGUGGCAAAGUGUUGCAUCCCGCGGAGGUGGAAGAGCUGCAAAGGGGGAGCGACGAGGAGGAGGAGGGUGAUGAAGAUCGCGUGGAUGCGACGAUGGAUACAGAUGUGAUGGAUGCCAGCGUCACGUUCGAUACGGAUGCGGAUCAGAGCGCGCUGCCGGACAGCUCUACCUUUGAUGCCGAUGACAGCGUUGCAGGGCUGAUCCCGUCCGACUCAGUCGACUCGAGGACGAGCACCGUUGACGAGGCAGCGUCAUCGCAAGACAAGUUACUCAACGAUCAAGCUGCAAACGUCCACGCUUUGCUGCCUGGCGACGUCUCCAUCGACUAG